AUGGAAGAAGCAGACCUUGUAAUCGUAGGCGCUGGUAUUUACGGUCUCACCACUGCUCACACAUACCACCGCCUACACCCCACAGCCACAAUCCUUAUCCUCGACUCUGCCUCGUGCAUCGGCGGGCCAUGGGCACCGCAUCGCGUUUUUCCGGGUCUUCGGACUAACAAUUUGUGGGGCAUGUACGAACAUCCUGACUUCCCUAUGGAAGAGAAGAGGUUUAUGGUGAAAAGGGGAGAGCAUAUACCUGCUGCGAAGAUGUUCGACUACCUUUGUGCAUUCACGAAAUGGGCCGACAUAGAGAAGUUCUUCAGGGGCCAAACGACUAUUGAUGCCAUCGAGAAGGAUAAAGAUGGGGGCGGUUGGGUGCUUCGUUGUGCAUCGACUAUGCUAGAAAAGAAGGGUGUUGAGAUCAAGGCCAAGAAACUGGUUAUCGCUGUAGGCACUACGAACAAGCCGCUACUACCGCAUUAUGAAACGUCGACAAAGUUUCGACCUUUGGUGAUCCAUACUGCAGACUUCCCGAAACAUCACUCGGUCAUCGCGGAGCCGGGAAAACAUACCGUCAUUGUAGGAUCUGGAAAGUCUGCAUGGGACGUUGCAUACGCAUGCGCUAGCCAGCCUUCAGCGACAGCAACCUUACUUAUACGUCCCGACGGUAACGGUCCUGUAUGGAUGACACCUAGUCACGUCACGCCUUUGGGUUUGUGGCUAGAGAAAUUAGUUCAUACACGCUUCUUUGGGUUCAUGUCUCCUUGCCCGUGGGCACCGACGACGGGCAUUGAAGGCUGGUUGCGCUCCUUCUUCCAUCGCACGUGGCUCGGAAGAAAAUUAGUGGGUGCUUUCUGGAACAUACUUGGGGAAGACGCUAUCGCGCUGAAUGGGAUGGAUAAGCAUCCUGACACAAAGAAGUUACGGCCGUGGAGAGGCGCUUUUGAAGUUGGCAAUGCACUGUCAAUUCAUAACUAUCCAAACAGCUUCUUUGAGAUGGUUAAAGAAGGGAAGAUCAAGGUCAUCAUAGACGAUAUUGCCAGUCUGUAUGGGGAACAACAGGUUAUACUGAAGUCGGGACAGGUGUUGGAGACGGACGCAGUCGUAUGCGCGACAGGAUGGCAGAAAGGAUACACGUUUCGUUUCGAACCUAGAGAGCUGGAGAAAGAGCUGGGCUUGCCAACGACAUUACCACCAACACCCGAAGAAGAAGCUCUUAUACAGCGGUCAGAAGAGACUCUAUACACCGAAUUCCCUUACCUCAAAGAGAGGGACACAAGUCGCGUCUACCACCCCAACCACUCCCUUCGCCAUGCCCAACAGCCAACUACAGAUACGCAGCCUUACCGCCUGCACCGCUUUAUGGUACCUCCGAAAGCCAUAGCAGAUCGCAACAUCGCCUUCGCAGGCGCAGUGCAUUGUCUCGGCACUUUCCCCAACGCGUACAUUCAAAGUCUCUGGAUCACCGCCUACCUUGACGGUACCCUGUCUGUUCCCUCCUCGCCCACCAAGACACUUGAGGAGACAUACCGUAAUACACAAUACUGUGUACUACGGGGCGCAAUGAGCUAUGGGCAUACAUUGCCUGACCUUGUCUUUGAUACUCUGCCCUACUUCGACACGUUAUUAAAAGACAUGGGUAUGCAAGAGCGUCGUAAGGGUGGAGGCGUAAGGGAGUGCGUGAGUAGCUAUGGUCCGGAAGACUAUCGGGGAUUGCUGGAAGAUGUUGAGAUAAGGAUGAGAAUAGUGAGGGGCUUCCUAAAGUAG